UGGAGUAAUGCAUGAUCAGUCAUGUCAUUCAAAAUUACCUGUCAACUGGUAGGCAGGUUUUUCUUUUUCUUUUUUUUUUUUUCCCCUUCCCUGUGCAGUUAUAAGUCAGAGGAUGAGUGCUUAUUCUUUGUCAUUUGUGUCUGCAGAAGCUUACAUCUAGGUGACCUGAAGUACUACUUUAAUAUACUAGGUUAGAACAAAUUAGUCCUUGGGAUAGAUCACAGUGAAUUAUCAUCCUGAAAUGGCAGAUGGGACAUUGGAGUUGGUGGAACAGUCACGUAAAGUUACAGAGUGAGUCACUGGCAAAGCUGGAAGGAGUCAAGUUUUUUAGGUAUUAUCUGGGAGUUUAAUCACUAGUUUCCACUGCUUAGAAAUGGUUGUUGGCAGUCUAGUCUGGUACCAGGUACAUGUAUUCCAACUCAUUUUAGUUGCUCUGAGACAACAUUUCUUUGGCAUGUUGUAACUUUUCAUGGAGAAUUGUAAUAAAAUAAUGGUCUUUUUUACUGCGAAGAAGAAGAACCUGCUGCACCCUCUUCCUUUCUCCCCUACUAUGAACUAGUUAAUGAUAGUUUUGUUAUUUUCCAAAGGUUUUUGUUAACUACCACUGAUUUUAGUAUCUUAACGGGUACUUAAAAUGAUGAUGCACUUCUGUCUUUCUGCAGAAACUGUAUUUCUGUCUUAGAGCUUCACUCUCCAAAGUCAUUUAUUGUGAUUACUGGUUGUAUAUACCUACUCUAUAUUCCAAGAGAAGGGGAAAGCACUAUCAAGGGUCAUAGCAAACGACAGAAGCCCACUGGUGGGUAAAGUCCACUGGGAGAAAAUGGUGAAGAAAGUGUCAAGAUUCGGCAUACGUGCUGGCACUUUUAACUGUUCCAGUGACCCCAGGUACUGCAGGAGGAGGGGUUGGCUGAAAUCCACCCUCAUUAUGUCAGUUCCACAAACCAGUACCUCCAAGGGAAAAGUAAUGCUUAAGGAGUACAGUGGGCGCAAAAUCGAAGUGGAGCACAUUUUCAAGUGGAUCACAGCCCAUGCUGCUUCUCGGAUCAAAACCAUCUACAACUCUGAACAUUUAAAAGAAGAAUGGAACAAAAGUGACCAGUACCGUGUGAAAAUAUACCUAUUUGCCAACCUCGACCAGCCUCCAGCUUUCUUCUCUGCACUAAGCGUAAAGUUUACUGGAAGAGUAGAGUUUAUUUUUGUGAACGUGGAAAACUGGGACAAUAGAAGUUACAUGGCAGAAAUUGGUAUCUACAAGACACCAUCGUACAUACUUAGGACUCCUGAGGGGAUUUACAGGUAUGGAAAUAACACUGGUGAAUUUAUAUCACUACGUGCCAUGGAUUCCUUUUUGCGCUCUUUACAACCAGAAGUUAAUGAUUUAUUUGUUUUAAGCUUAGUUUUGGUUAAUCUGAUGGCUUGGAUGGACCUGUUUAUUACACAAGGCGCUACUAUAAAGCGUUUUGUGGUUCUUAUAAGCACUUUAGGGACGUAUAAUUCAUUACUAAUUAUUUCCUGGCUACCCGUGUUAGGGUUUUUGCAACUACCCUACUUAGACAGCUUUUAUGAGUAUAGCCUAAAACUUUUCAGGUACUCUAACACAACUACUUUGGCUUCUUGGGUAAGAGCUGAUUGGAUGUUCUACUCUUCGCAUCCAGCCCUCUUCCUCAGCACGUACCUCGGUCAUGGUUUACUAAUCGAUUACUUUGAGAAGAAAAGAAGACGCAAUAAUAACACCGAUGAAGUAAAUGCUAAUAAUCUGGAGUGGCUGUCAAGCCUGUGGGACUGGUAUACCAGCUACUUGUUUCAUCCUAUUGCUUCUUUUCAACACUUUCCUUUUGACUCAGAUUGGGAUGAAGACCCGGAUUUGUUCUUAGAGCGGUUGGCUUUCCCCGAUCUCUGGCUUCACCCUCUGAUACCAACCGAUUAUAUAAAAAACUUACCGAUGUGGAGGUUUAAAUGCCUUGGCGUCCAUUCUGAUGAGGAAAUGCUGGAAACCUUUCAAGACAGCGAAAGUGACUCUGACAGUGAAAACAAAGAGGUCUUCAGUAGUGAAAAAGAAGGCUCGGAGGACGAUGAGCUAAACAUGUUUCAUAGGCGCAGUGAAGGAGAGCCUCGGUGCGGUGUUGAGACCUGUUCGUGUGCCAAUAAAUAUUGUCAUCACGAGCCAUACGAACGGAAGGCGAGAUCAUACGGCUCGUACAGCACCGCAGGUGACAUAGAGCCAGAUUGGUCAGCCUGGCCCUCUGAGAUGUUGCACUGUACAGAAUGUGUUGUGUGUCUAGAAAAUUUUGCAAACGAUUGUCUGCUCAUGGGCUUGCCGUGUGGCCACGUGUUCCACCAGAAUUGCAUCGUGAUGUGGCUGGCUGGCGGGCGACACUGCUGCCCUGUCUGCAGGUGGGCUUCGUACAAAAAAAAGCAGCCAUACACACAUCCGCAGCCUUUGUCGAAUGAUACCCCAUCUUAGCUGUGUGCUGAUGUCCUUUGUAAGCUUUCAGGAUAUUACUGCUUGCCUUUUAAAUGUUAGUCACUUAAAAGAUUAUGUGGUUUGAAGUUUUAGUUUAAAUGUUAGUGCAGUGAACUAAAAUAUACAUGAUGCUAACGUUAACGACAGAAUCAUUUGGUUGCCUUGUAUGUUGAACUGAACGCAUACUUAUCGUAAAAUAACUUUUUCUUUUCAACAUCUGGAAACUUGAUGCUGUUUUUGUAAGCACAAAAAUCAAGCCUACAACAGAAGCGUAUUCCAGCAAACGUUUACAAGUUAGGAUGUGGGUGAAAUUGAAAUUCUAAUUGGAGACAGUUGCUUAAUUUAAGUGUUUCUUAUUUUAGAGUCUGUUCAGCACAUCUUUGUUGAAUAUUGUAUGUUGUAAGACAGUACCAUUUAAAAAGAAAUCAGUGAAAUAAAUUAUUUUAAAAGGA